GAUUAGAAUGAAUACUUUAAUAAGCAAACACUUUUAUUAUUAUUUCUACUUGUAAAUUUUGAAGAAUUUAACGUGUUAAAUAAGAUAAAAAAUGGAAACACCAACUGUUAAAGUUUUGUUCUCUGAAAGUUCCAAUAAAAAUAAGACUCCCGAAGAUCCAACUAUUCCUGCAAUGUCAAAUAUAAUGUUUGUUAGCGAUGUCCUGGCUCAACGAAUAAACAAUGGUACGAUAGAGGCAGAAGAUUCUGAAACUGAUGAUCGAUAUUGGGCGGAGAAACUAGCAGCUUUAGACGAAGAACACACCAAAAGAAGCAAACUCGAAUCAAAAGAAAUAGAUAAACUUUUUCGUAGUGUAUUAAAUUAUGCACAAACCAUACAAACUAAACCUUGUUCCUUCGAACAGAUAAACGUCAAAGAUUGUUAUACUAAUAAUAAAUGCUACACACUUCGUUGUAAUACUGAAGUUAACAAUUUUAUUAAUUGCGUAAAUAACAUGUUUCACAAGUCCGUUUGCAUUACUGAUAAUGAUGUCUAUCCAUUCAACAAAAAAUACACAUAUACUGAGAGAUUCAGAAGAGGAUAUUAAUUUAUAUUAAUUUGUAUCUACAUAUAUAUAUAUAUAUGAUU